AUGGCCAGCCAGUUCUGCCUCUCUCUCGCCCCACGCCUCUUGCCCCUGAAACCCUUGAAGCCACACUUCAGAGACCUCCAAGUGGGCAUCUGCGUGGCGAUCCAGCGCAGCGACAAGCGGAUUCACCUGGCUGUGGUCACAGAGAUCAACAAAGAAAAAUCUUGGGUCACGGUCGAGUGGGUAGAGAAGGGAGCCAAAAAGGGCAAGAAGAUUGAUCUAGAGACCAUAAUCCUGCUGAAUCCAGCUCUGCUGAAUCAACACCACGCACCGUCCAAGCCCCUGCCCGCACUAUCUCUAGCGCCCCCUUCGGCCAUCGGGGACCAGCGUACAGCAGCCAGGCGGGGGAUUACAGUGAUUCCCCAGAAAAGUGAAACACCCUCGGGGGACAGCCCAGAUGUGAGGGCCCCCAGCAACCCUUGUCUGAUGAAGCAGAAAAAGUCUGCCUGCCUACGGGAAAUUGAGAAACUGCAGAAGCAGCGGGAGAAGCGCAGGCGGCUGCAGCUGGAGAUCCGAGCUAGACGCGCCCUGGACAUCCACACGGGCAACCCCAACCACGAGAUGAUGCGCAUGAUUAAAGAGUGCCGCAGGCAGCUGGACAGCAGCCCGAUGGCCAGCCCGGAGCCCCCCGAAGACCAUCGGAUCUGCGUCUGCGUGAGGAAGCGGCCUCUCAACCAGCAAGAGACCACCAUGAAGGACCUGGAUAUCAUCACUAUAACCUCUGACAAUGUGGUCAUGGUGCAUGAGUCCAAGCAAAAGGUGGACCUCACGCGCUACCUGGAGAACCAGACCUUCUGCUUCGACCAUGCCUUCGAUGACACGGCCUCCAAUGAGUUAGUGUAUCAGUUCACUGCCCAGCCGCUGGUGGAGUCCGUCUUCCGCAAGGGCAUGGCCACCUGCUUUGCCUACGGGCAGACCGGCAGUGGGAAAACGCAUACGAUGGGCGGAGCCUUUUCAGGAAGGGACCAGGAUUGUUCUAAAGGCAUUUACGCCCUGGUGGCACAGGAUGUCUUUCUCCUGCUCCAAAAGCCCACUUAUGAGAAGCUGAACCUCAAAGUCUAUGGGACAUUUUUUGAGAUUUAUGGGAGCAAGGUGUAUGAUUUGUUGAACUGGAAGAAAAAGCUGCAGGUUCUCGAGGAUGGGAAUCAGCAGAUGCAAGUGGUCGGGCUGCAGGAGCAAGAGGUGCGUUGUGUGCAGGAAGUGCUGAACCUCGUCGAAAUAGGGAACAGCUGUCGGACUUCUAGGCAGACUUCUGUCAACGCCCACUCAUCCAGGAGCCACGCGGUGUUCCAGAUCAUCCUGAAGUCAAGAGGGAAACUGCAUGGGAAGAUUUCCCUCGUGGACUUAGCUGGGAACGAAAGGGGAGCAGGCAUUGCUAAGGCCAGCAGGAGGAGGCAGCUGGAAGGUGCAGAGAUUAAUAAGAGUCUCCUCGCCCUCAAGGAAUGUAUUCGGGCUUUGGGUCAGAACAAGCCUCACACCCCAUUCAGAGCCAGCAAACUCACGCAGGUGCUCCGAGACUCCUUCAUAGGCGAGCGCUCUUCCACCUGCAUGAUCGCCACUGUCUCUCCAGGGAUGACCUCUUGUGAAGACACCCUCAACACUUUGAGAUAUGCAAGCAGAGUAAAAGAAUUACCUGUAGAUGUAAGGCCCUACCGUCGUUGCCUUUAUCCAAUUGGACAUGAGGCACCAAAGAUAUUAGAAAAACACAUUAGUGAUUCAGAAAUCUCCCUUCAGAGGGAUGCAUUUAUUAAAAUACCUUGUAUACACAGUGAGAAGGAGAAAGGUACUGAAGACGCUGAAACAUGCUCCACUCCAUCGAGGAAGGAUACAACAACUUCAUGGAAGGAAUGUUGCCAGUGGUGGGAGAACAUCCAGAAGACAGCUGACAGAGUAAACUAUGAUAUUGAUUUUUGCAUUUCCCAAUUAUCGUCCAUUUUGGAGCAGAAAAUUGGUGUUCUGACUGGGAUCCAAAAGAAACUGAAGUUAUUACGAGCUGACCUCCAAAUGAAGAGCAAGGUACAGUGA